ACAGGAGGCGUGUGCCUUUCACUCAGUGAUAUCUCCACAAGAGAGUGUACAGGCUUGGAUUGGAUGUAGUGAUUUCCUGCAAUACUAUAUAGAUUUAGUUUGGCUAUUUUAAUAUCUUAAAAAGCACUGGAGCAUUCAACAGAGAAAGUAGAAGCUUAUAAUAUACAGUAUAAGAUAUAAUUUCUGGUAAUAGAGUGGUAUUCAGUUAACUAACACUUUUCAGUAUGUUGACUUUCUCCAAAUUAUAAAAAAAAAUAUAAAAAGUGUAUGUGUUAUCUUGUGUGCUUAAUUGCAACUUUUGAAGUAAUUAGUUUGAAUUAUAAUAGUAUUUUUUUUUUUUAAAGCGAUUUAUUCAUUGGCUUAAAAGUAAGACCUGGCUGUAAAAGGUUUCAGCAAUUUUCGAUAUGUACAGCAAGUAUUUGAAAAUCGCGUUUCUGAAUUUGACAUUUUUGGUGCGUGUGCUAAUGGCUUAUGAAUGCACGCCAUGUGAGCUCCGGACUUGUGUGAAGAACCCCUCUGGUACCUGCGAGGCUGACCGGACCCUAGCCCGAGACCCAUGUGGAUGCUGCGUUUACUGUACCCGGCUGGAGUGGGAGCCUUGCGGGGGAAAGAACUGGGAAGCAGGGUACUGUGGCGUGGGCUUGAGUUGCGCAACAGUGAAUGGGACAGGACGUGUGACUAUACCUGAUGUAGGAGUCUGUAAAGUUUUACCAAGCAAUCCGAAUGCAGGUGUAGAAGAUGAAGACUGUCCUGAAAUGAGUGGCUGUAACAGAAAAGCAGGGUUGUGUUCUUGUGACACUCGACGCACCUGUAUUUAUGCAUUUAGCUAUACCAAUUUAGAAUCCUGCAUUAGAGCAACAGGAUCAGACCAGCAUCAGGAAAAAGAUCCUGGAAUAAAAUACAAGUUCCCCAGUGUCUCUGGUUCUGCUGCCUGUGUUUUCUCUGGGUGUAACCUGACUGAUCGAGGUUGUGUGUGUGAAUCACAGGGCUGCCAUGACAACUUUUCCUACUUGAACAACAAUGAAUGUCAGAUGGCAAAAGAUCAGCUGAUGUGUGCUGGAGUCACUUGCCCAAAACAACCUAUUCUGGAUUGCCCCAAGGGUUCUGUGCUGAGCAAGACAUACACUCCACCAGCAGCCUGCUGCCCUUCAGUGCCAGCAUUCUGCACCUGCAACUUCCGUGUCUGUGAAGAAAGGGAGUGUUCCCAUGGAUACCAGCCGGUCCUGGUUAUGGAAGGAAAAGGAAUCCCCGGAGAGUGCUGUGAUGAAUAUGAGUGUCAAAGAGUUUCACCAAAGUGUGUGCACAAUGAGAAGGAAUACGCAGAGGGGCAGGUGUAUCGGAUGGAUACCUGCUGGCUGUGCCAGUGUCGAGGGGGGAUAUCUUUCUGUUCCAAAGCUGAAUGUGCUGAGCUGGAAUGUGAGAGUUUCUACAUCCCUGAGGGAGAAUGCUGCCCAGUGUGUAAAGAUACAGGGUUGUUUUCUCUCGGGAGUAGUGGAGCUAGCUGCUGGGUAAACAACAAACUGAGGCACCAUGAAGAGCAGUGGAAGGAGGACGACUGUACGUUCUGUCAGUGUGUUGAUGGGGAUCCUCACUGCACCGCCAUGGCAUGUAAACAGACCUGCCAAAACCCAGUCAAGAUACACGGAGAGUGCUGCCCGUUCUGUGAAGAGCCUACGUAUGAAACAGUUAGUCCAAUUACCUGUCCGAAACUGGAGAACUGCACUCUUUCAGAGAAAGACUGUCCGUACGGAUUUAUGCAAGAUAAGAAUGGAUGCUUGCUAUGUAAAUGCUUAACAAAUGAAUCUUGUCCAGAUCUGGAUAUGUACUGCUCACUCCAGUGUCCCUUUGGUUACGAGACAGAUGAUUAUGGCUGUCCUGUAUGUGAAUGUACUUCUCAGAUACCUAAAUGUCGUCCGAUGUCCUGCAGUAAGACCUGUCCAUAUGGAUAUGUGAGAAACAAACAUGGCUGUGAGAUGUGUCGCUGUGUGAAAUGCCCUCCUUUUACUUGUGAUAAGGAAUGCUGGGAGGGUUAUCAGCAGAAUAAGAAAGGGUGCUCCAUCUGUCUGUGCAAAGAGACCAAACAUGUUCCAAGCACUUCACUUCCUGCUCCCAAAGCCAACUACUGUGUCACAGCUACUGGUGAUGGUUAUGAGGAGGGGGAGAGCUGGCAUGACGGCUGUCGGGAUUGUUUCUGUCAGGCUGCUCGGGAGAUGUGUGUGUUGAUUACCUGCCCUGUUCCAAGCUGUUUACAUCCUGUGGUCCGAACGGGCCAGUGCUGCCCGAGCUGUGAAGAUGAAUCUGGCAGUGGACAGCAGCCUGAUGUAGUUGAUCUUGCUGUGUGCAAAGCCCCAGGAGGAGAAUUCUAUGUGGAAGGAGAGACGUGGCAGCUUGAUGAGUGCACCUACUGUACCUGCAGGAAGGGCCGUGUUCUGUGUGACACCGAGGUCUGCCCUCCCGUUCUCUGCCAAACGCCUGUCAAAAGCAUGGAUACAUGCUGCAACACUUGCGCAGAUGACCAUCUUAAACCACUUUUACCUGUAAACAGCAGUCAGCCUGAGUACUGUAUAUCCAGCGAAGGAGAGAUUCUUUUGGCUGGAGAAUCUUGGAAAGCUAAUCCCUGCACAAGCUGCACAUGCAGUAAUGGAACCAUCCAGUGCUUCUCUCAAAGCUGCCCUCCUGCUUUUUGCAGAGUUCCUGUCUUGCGGAAAGGGCAAUGUUGCCCAUAUUGCUUAGAUGGCACAAAGGUCUUGCCAACGUUGCUGUCAACUCUCACCCCCUCUGUGAAAACCUAUCCCGAGGACACUGAACAAUGGUUGUCCACAACUGAAGUUCCACACAUUAUUUCAAUUACAGAAGGAAAAAUUAAAAAUGAAGAUUACCCAAGCCAGAUGGAGGUUGCAUUGAUAUACCAAUCUGCAGCCUGGAUUGUAGCCGGUGUAUUGCUGACUACUGUCAUAUUCCUCAUAGCUGCUCUUGUAAUAAACAAGAAGAAGAAAUGGGUACAAAUGCCCUGCUACAGUGCACCCAAAAAGACCGUAAUUUUGAAAAAACAUGUAAACAAAAACUCUGUCGUAUAUAUGGAGCCUUCAAAGGAGAAUACAUUUCGAAAUGUCAGGAAUGAAUGCAGAGUAAAUGUAUCCACAGAAGCAAGUUCAAAUCAGCAAUGAAAGACACAGCGAUCAAACAGAAAAACAGAAGCAGCAGCAAAGUCGGCUGCUGGGAUAGAAACACACACGGAGGCCUGGGAUUUGGGUUUCAUUUUACAGCCCAUAAAAUGGACAUUUAUUGAAAGAUAUUGCAAUGCAAAACUAAGUACAUCUGCAAUUUUAUCUUGUGAUCUUUUAUAUAUAUAAAUUUACUAAAGCUUUAAAUAACCUAAACUAAGGCAAACCCUGUGUGCAACAGUAUGAAUUGAAAAUGUGAUAUUCCUCAACCAUUCCCACACAGCCAAAUCCAGUACACAGUCGGCACUCACAUAUCCGACCCUAUAUUUUUUGACAUCAGUGAUGGUUAAGAGUGUGACUCAUAUCUGAUUAUUUCAUUUUGGCCCGUUCCAACUCUUGUCCGUUUUUCAGGGAACACAAAAAAGGUACAAUGUCAAAAAUACAUAGCUGAAAGGACUGUGUUUGUAAAAUAAGUAGGCAUCCAUUUAGAUGUACUGUAGUUGGUUUUGUUGGUAAAGUACUAUAUUUUCAACUUAAGUAUUUUAAUUCAGAACGUAUGAUUCUGAAAAUAUCACUUGUCAAAACAGACACGUGGGCUGUAAUACAGUACGUACUUUUAAAUCCGGUUUCCAGUAAACGACCGUUAACGACAGCAAAAUGAAAUCAAAAUGUUACCCAUGCACAGAACUGCGUAAAACAUAAAAGGCAAUGCAAUUUAGCAAUAGAUUUAAAAAAAGUUUCCAGAAUUAAAACAGUAUCCAAAGUCAGUAUUCAAAAUUGCAGACUAUAGUGCUCGAUAUGGCCCUAAUGUUACAGUUCAACAGUUAUGACAAUGCACAAAAGCAACUAAAGAUUACCGAUUUAAAAAAAUAAAUAAAAUAAAAUUACAUCACAGUAUCAAACUGGUUAAUGACUAACUGUUUUACAUUACAAUAGCUGGUCUCGUUCGCUUUAUUUUUGCUGCAUUUUCAUCAGGUUAAACUGCAGGAAGCGAUGUGUAACUGCACAAUAAAGACAGACUGAUUUGCACAUGCAAGGAAAAAAAUGCAGACUGUGACGGAUAGUCAAAUAAAUAGUAACAUUGAAGAGACAGGCUUGUAUCAGAAAACUGUUGAGUGUGAAAUCACGAGUGACAGGUAAGUGCAUUAAUUUGUUAUAUAUAUACAGACUUGCUCAAAUGUGUUGGUACCCUUACAGCUCAUUGAAAUAAUGCUUCAUUCCUCCUGAAAAGUGAUGAAAUUAAAAGCUAUUUUAUCAUGUAUACUUGCAUGCCUUUGGUAUGUCAUAGAAUAAAGCAAAGAAGCUGUGAAAAGAGAUUAAUUAUUGCUUAUUCUACAAAGAUAUUCUAAAAUGGCCUGGACACAUUUGUUGGUACCCCUUAGAAAAGAUAAUAAAUAAUUGGAUUAUAGUUAUAUUUCAAACUAAUUAGUUUUUUUAAUUAGUAUCACACAUGUCACCAAUCUUGUAAUCAGUCAUUCAGCCUAUUUAAAUGGAGAAAAGUAGUCACUGUGCUGUUUGGUAUCAUUGUGUGCACCACACUGAACAUUGACCAGAGAAAGCAAAGGAGAGAGUUGUCUGAGGAGAUCAGAAAGAAAAUAGACAAGCAUGGUAAAGGUAAAGGCUACAAGACCAUCUCCAAGCAGCUUGAUGUUCCUGUGACAACAGUUGCAAAUAUUAAGAAGUUUAAGGUCCAUGGAACUGUAGCCAACCUCCCUGGGCGCGGCCGCAAGAGGAAAAUCGACCCGAGUGAACAGAAGGAUAGUGCGAAUGGUAGAAAAAGAACCAAGGAUAACUGCCAAAGAGAUACAAGCUGAACUCCAAGGUGAAGGUACGUCAGUUUCUGAUCGCACCAUCGGUCGCUUUUUGAGCGAAAGUGGGCUCCAUGGAAGAAGACCCAGGAGGACUCCACUUUUGAAAGAAAAACAUAAAAAAGCCAGACUGGAAUUUGCUAAAAUGCAUAUUGACAAGCCACAAUCCUUCUGGGAGAAUGUCCUUUGGACAGAUGAGUCAAAACUGGAGCUUUUUGGCAAGUCACAUCAGCUCUAUGUUCACAGACGAAAAAAUGAAGCUUUCAAAGAAAAGAACACCAUACCUACAGUGAAACAUGGAGGAGGCUCGGUUAUGUUUUGGGGCUGCUUUGCUGCGCCUGGCACAGGGUGCCUUGAAUCUGUGCAGGGCACAAUGAAAUCUCAAGACUAUCAAGGCAUUCUGGAGCGAAACGUACUGCCCAGUGUCAGAAAGCUCUGUCUCAGUCGCAGGUCAUGGGUCCUCCAACAGGAUAAUGACCCAAAACACACAGCUAAAAGCCCCCAAGAAUGGAUAAGAACAAAACAUUGGACUAUUCUGAAGUGGCCUUCUAUGAGUCCUGAUCUGAAUCCUAUCGAACAUCUAUGGAAAGAGCUGAAACUUGCAGGCUGGAGAAGGCACCCAUCAAACCUGAGACAGCUGGAGCAGUUUGCUCAGGAAGAGUGGGCCAAACUACAUGUUAACAGGUGCAGAAGUCUCAUUGAGAGCUACAGAAAACGUUUGAUUGCAGUGAUUGCCUCUAAAGGUUGUGCAACAAAAUAUUAGGUUAGCGGUCCCAUCAUUUUUGUCCAUGCCAUUUUCAUUUGUUUUCUUAUUUACAAUAUUAUGUUGAAUAAAAAAUAAAAACAAAGUCUGAUUUCUAUUAAAUAUGGAAUAAACAAUGGUGGAUGCCAAUUACUUUUGUCAGUUUCAAGUUAUUUCAGAGAAAAUUGUGCAUUCUUCGUUUUUUGUGGAGGGGUACCAACAAAUUUGAGCACGUCUGUAUAUAUGUAUAUGUAUAAAAUGGGAAUUGAUUUGUUUCUUAAUACAAGGACAGUAAAACGCGACUGACGUGUAUCUGAGUGUCGUAUAUCCGAGUGCUAACUGUGUAAUAGUACAAUGCUUACACAAAUAAACAUACGUCAUUAUUUAUACUGCAUCUGCAUUGCCUUUUCGCAUUGUUUUAAUGGAAAGGAGAUUCAGAACACCUUUUACUCAACUGUUUAUUUGACAGCGAAACAGCACAGAACUGUUAGUCUUACUUAAAAUGCUUAAAUUCAACGACAAAAUUGUGCAUUCUUCGUUUUUUGUGGAGGGGUAAGACAUCAGAAAGGCUUCUUGUAGCAAUGCUUGUCAUUGAAUGAAUUUCUUUUAGUAUUUCCAAAUUCAGCACUAUUGGAUGUUUAAUAGUUAUGGAUGCUAAAGUAUUACUUACCUGUUUCUCAUAUGUCAUGCAUUCUCUCUACCCAUAUUUGGAGCAUUUUAACAUUAUAGCUACUGCAAUGAGUUUUGAACACUUUGAAAAGCAUUCAACUACCCUAAUCUAAAGAAUUUACCAGCAGCAUGCAGCAGACCGUGUAUAUGCCUGCCUCCUUACUAAUGUGUUUUUAACAAGAGCUCGAAAAGAGAAGCAUGUUUUAUUCAACACAAAUGCUGCAUUACCAGGUCACUAAUUUUGUAUGAAGUAAACUACGAGGAUACAAAAAAAAACAAAAAAAAAAACAAUGGUGAUAAACACUUAGCAGUGUUACAGUUCUUAAAACAUACUUUAUCAGGUUAAAUUGUAUGUACAUGAAUUCUACUGGUAAAGGCUGGGAGUGGGGUAGCUUUGAUUACACCUCGUGUAUUGCAGCAGCUGUGGAAUUUUGGCAGAGUAGUUCUAUAUAGGGCUGAGCCUCUCUCACAAUCACAGGGCUCCCUCUAUGUCGCUAUCUGACUUGCACAUCAAAAAAAAACAUGAGGCAUUGAAAACAGUGGUAUUAAUGGAGGGUCCUUAUGCAGGAAAAUCUAGGACUUUUACCAUUUACUGUCAACAUGGCCUAGUGAAUAAACCAAAUGAGUGAAUUAUGAAUGUGUGUUUUUUUAAAAAACGUUUUUCAAAAGGGCCAUCGGUAUAACAGAAAAGAUGGGCACCAGAGAAGGUUUUUAAGCAUCUUUUUUCAGCUGGAAGUCUAAAUCACUUCUAUUUUUAGGGCACAUUAGGUAAGUAAAUUGUAGACACACCAGCAUACGGUCCCUAUUCUUAAAAGCCUAACACUAGCAGGUUGAUUUCUUCUGUGGAUAAAGGUUAUGCUGUUUAAAAAUGAGAAUUGUAUAUUUCUGUGGUUCAUUGCGACAAGCUGCUUCUACCACAUGCAAUUUUCACAAAACUGUUACAUCAUUGAAAUGAUUUGUUUGUAAAAAAUACUUAAUAUAUAAAAAAAUAUAACAGUCCAGAGCAAUGCAGAGUUUCUUAAAUUAUAGGAGAGCUGUGAAAGAUGGAUGCCAUAUUAUUGACAGCUGGAGCAAAGGUGCAGUAGUUGCAUAUUUGGUUUUAUAUAAAAGCACUACUGUUCUGAUGAGCUUGUUUUACUACAUGUAAAAUACAUUACAAAAUUAUUGCGGAUUGUAAAGUUCAAACAAACUAUUGUUAUUCUAUUAUUAUUAUAUGGUUUACAUAUAAAGAGAUUUUUAUUUUGGGGUAUCUUAUUUUUUGGACAGUGUGCUUGUAUACUAAUAACAUAGACUUAACUUGCUGUGAUGAUGAUGAUAUUUAAGAAUAUUACUAAUCUUAACCAAGUGUUUUUUAAGGCAUGGGGGGAAAAGCUACAUGUUAAAUGCUUUUGCAAAUGCUUGUAACUCUAAGUGUAAAAAUAAGCAUCAAAUUAGAUGAAAGAAAGAGUUCCUUAUUUAUUUUUUCACAUAGCUUUAUUUAUUAUUAAUAAAACUAGUUUUAAAAGCUAAUUAUAGUGGUCAGCAGGUAAUGAGCGGAAAGCUCAAUGGAGCCACACCUGCUGUACGUUUUUAGUUGUGUUAACCUUUUUUUUUCUUUGCCUACUUUACUCUUCAGAACAUGUAAAGUUGCUUAUUUAUUUUCCCAACAGCAAAUGUUUGAUUUGUAAAACAUCUUUCCUUGAAAAAUAAAUACAUUUGUGAUCAAAA